GCUACCUUCAGUGCGGCGUAGGAAGACAACCAUUGUCUAAUGCGGGGAUGCAGGUGGAUCGGCCGGGCUCAUAACGGCAUGUGAGUCUGAAGUCUGUCCUUCCGGAAGACGAAGAAGUCUGCAGCAUAUCACCUCCAUGUAAAUAUUCAAAAGACCGCAGGAAUUCUGCCGCGAACGUUGUCUUUCUAUCGGGUGUUGGAGCACAGAAUAAUGCCCAGAGCAAUGGGACACUAAGGAAGAUGGCGCUUGCACCUGUUUCUGCUUGGCUCUGUGCCUAGCUAACUCCUGGAGACUGGACUGGACAGGACUGCAGCUGGAAGGAGGCCAGGAUAUUUGGUUUAUGAGGGAGGGGAAGAGGAACAGAGAACCUUGAAUUAGUUUUGUAUUUUUUCUGACCCAACUACCACACUUCAACAUUCUGCAACGAUCACCACUUCACUUGGUUUUGUAAAUGUACUAGUUCCUAGACUCCUAGACGAAUGUUCUAGGUCCGAGAUUCCUAAACCUAGGCUAUAUGCUAGUUCCUAGAUUCCUAAACCUAGGCUAUAUGCUAGUUCCUAGAUUCCUAAAACUAGGCUAUGUGCUAGUUCCAAAAUUCCUAAGUGUAGGCUACAGUAUGUGCUAGUUCCUAGAUUCUUAAAUGUUUAGUGCUAGUACCUAGAUUCUUAAAUGUUUAGUGCUAGUACCUAGAUUCUUAAAUGUUUAGUGCUAGUACCUAGAUUCUUAAAUGUUUAGUGCUAGUUCCUAGAUUCCAAAACAUAUGGAUUCUAUGAUAUCACCAGAACGUUAUUGUAGCCGCUUCACUGGAUAACAGGUGACAGAAUUCCCAAUUUUUCCACUCAAUGGAGAGGCUAAGAAGAGAAUCAGGAUAGAGAGGCAAAGCUAAAGAGAAGAAUUUGAAUCAUAUUAUUGCUGUACCCUUUAGGGAAAACACAACAACAGUGUAGACUGGAGAUCAUUUCGGCCUCUCUCCCAGCGGUAGUGGAUUAAAAGCAACGAGACGUAGUUCGAGGGAUUAGGGUCAGAAGUGGAAGAUGAUAAGCAGACAGGGGAGGUGUGAAGUUCGGGCCGUGUGGCCCCUGCUAUUGACUGGGCUGCUGUUGACAGUCAUGGCCACGGCCUUGGAGUACGAGGGAGUCCCUGGUCAGUGGGCACGGUACGGCCACUGGGAAGCCAAGGCCACAGGCCAGCUGAGCUUCGCUCUGAAGACCAACAUCAGCAAGGCCCUGGUGCUCUACCUGGACGACGGAGGGAACUGUGACUUCCUGGAGCUUCUGAUUGCAGACGGCCGGCUGCAUCUUCGCUUCACCAUCCACUGUGCUGAGCCGGCCUCCCUGCACACGGAGACUCGUGUCAACGACCAGCGCUGGCACCGCGUGCUGCUCACCCGUAACUACCGAGAGACCAGCCUGGUGGUGGACAACGAGGGCAAGGUGGCCGAGGUCAAGUCCAAGAGGAGUGAGAUGGUGGUGGCUAGCGACCUUUACGUAGGCGGCAUUUCUCCAGAUGUUCGCCUAUCUGCCCUCACGUCCAGCACCGUCAAAUAUGAGCCACCCUUCCAGGGCCUGAUCACCAACCUAAAGCUGGGGGAGACCCUCCCCGUGCUCCUGGAUGGCCAGGGUGUUCAGAAUGAUUUGGAAUACCUGUGCAUUAAACAGAACCCCUGCAGCAACAGAGGCCUCUGCUCCAUCCAACAGGGAGAGGUCCUCUGUGACUGCACCGACACUGGAUACAAGGGAAACUACUGCCAUGAAGUUAUCCAGAAAGCGGUAGAAGCCGUAUCAACGCAAUCUGCAAAAGGGGAGUCGGUUGCCACCUACAAAGGCAACGAGUUCUUCAGCUAUGACUUAUCUCAGAUGCCCAUCCAGAGCAAACUGGACGAGAUCACUCUGUCCUUCCGCACGCUGCAGAGGAACGGCCUCCUUCUCCACACCGGGAAGUCAGCUGACUAUGUCAAUCUAUCCCUGAGGAGCGGCGCUGUGUGGCUGGUCAUCAACCUGGGCUCAGGGGCCUUCGAGGCCCUGGUGGAGCCCACCAACGGCAAGUUCAACGACAAUGCCUGGCACGAAGUGCGCAUCACGCGCAACCUGCGCCAGGUGACUGUCUCUGUGGAUGAGAUCUUGUCCACCACCGGCUACACCCAGGAGGACUAUACCAUGCUGGGCUCUGAUGACUUCUUCUACAUUGGGGGGAGUCCCAACACAGCUGACCUCCCUGGCUCCCCAGUCAGCAAUAACUUCAUGGGCUGUCUCAAAGACGUGGUUUACAAGAACAAUGAGUUCAGACUGGAGCUGUCUCGUCUGGCUGCAGAGCGAGACCCUCAGGUCAGUGUUCACGGUGACCUGACCUUCCGCUGUGAGGACGUGGCGGCCCUGGAGCCAGUCACCUUCGACACGCCCACCUCCUACCUCACCCUGCCCAGGUGGAACACCAAGAAGACCGGCUCCAUCUCCUUUGACUUCCGGACCACGGAGCCCAGCGGCCUGCUGCUGUUCAGCCACGGGGACAGACAUCUGCAGGACCUAGACAGACAGCCGGACAGGCAGGCCAGGGCUCAUUACUUUGCCAUGGAGCUAAUGGACGGCUUUCUCUACCUGGUGAUGGACAUGGGCUCUGGCAGCAUCAAGAUGAAGGCCAGCAACAAGAGGGUCAACGAUGGGGAGUGGUGCCACGUGGACUUCCAGAGGGAGGGGCGUAAGGGCUCCAUCUCGGUGAACAGCCGCAGCACACCAUUCUCUGCGAAUGAAGGCAAUGAGAUCUUAGACCUGGAGGACGAUAUGUACCUGGGGGGUUUGCCCGAGGCACGCCAGCGCCUCAUCCUCCCCCCAGAAGUCUGGACGGCCCCCCUCAACCUGGGCUACGUGGGCUGCAUGCGGGACCUGUUUAUGGAUGGGCGGAGCCGGGACCUGAGGAGACUGGCAGAGAUCCAGAGUGCCUCUGGAGUCAGCAGCUUCUGCACCAGGGAAACACACAUCAGGUGUGGCAGAGACGUCUGUGGCAACGGUGGGCAGUGCCGUGAGGGCUGGAACCGUCAUGUGUGUGAUUGCACCAGCACGGGCUACCUGGGUCCCAACUGUGAGAGCGAGGCCACGGUGCUGAGCUAUGAUGGCAGCAUGUACCUGAAGGUGACACUGCCAGUCAGCAUGCACACGGAGGCCGAGGACGUGGCGCUACGCUUUAUGUCCCAGAGGGCCUUUGGGCUGCUGUUGGCCACCACCUCCCAGGACUCAGCUGACACCCUGCGUCUGGAGCUGGAAGCGGGCCGGGUCAAACUCACCGUCAACCUGGAUUGUAUCAGGAUAGACUGUAACCUCAGUAAAGGCCCAGAGAUGCUGUUAGCAGGACAGAAGCUGAACGACAAUGAGUGGCACUCAGUGAAGGUGGUACGUCUUGGGAAGAACCUGCAGCUCUCUGUGGACAAUGUGACUGUGGAAGGCAAUAUGGCCGGUGCCCACACCCACCUGGAGUUCCACAACAUUGAGACUGGCAUCAUGACAGAGAGACGAUUCAUCUCUGUGGUGCCAACCAACUUCAUAGGGCACCUGCAGGCCCUCUCCUUCAAUGGCGUGCCCUACCUGGACCAGUGUAAGAACGGAGACAUCUCCUACUGCGAACUCAACGCUCGCUUCGGCAUGCGCCGCAUCGUGGCUGACCCUGUGACCUUCCACAGCCGGGCCAGCUACCUAGCCUUCUCUACCCUGCAGGCCUACGCCUCCAUGCACCUCUUCUUCCAGUUCAAGACCACCUCCCCCGACGGCCUGCUCCUCUUCAACUCUGGAGACGGCAGUGACUUCAUCAUGGUGGAGCUGGUCAAAGGGUACAUCCAUUAUGUGUUUGACCUGGGUAACGGACCAUCACUCAUGAAGGGCAACUCUGAGAAGCCUCUCAACGACAAUCAGUGGCACAACGUGGUGGUGUCCCGGGAUGACAACAACGUGCACAUCCUCAAGACCGACUCCCGCACCGUCACCCAGCACUACAACGGAGCCCGUAACCUGGACCUCAAAGGGGAGCUGUAUGUUGGUGGUGUGGGGAAGACCAUGUACAGUAGCCUGCCCAAGCUGAUCGCGUCCCGCGAUGGGUACCAGGGCUGCCUGGCCUCCGUGGACCUGAACGGGAGACUUCCUGACCUGAUGGCAGAUGCCCUCCACAGGGUGGGCCAGGUGGAGCGGGGCUGUGAAGGCCCGGGCAGCACCUGUACAGAGGACUCGUGUCAUCACCAGGGGGUGUGUCUACAGCAGUGGGAAGGCUUCUCCUGUGACUGCACCAUGACCUCCUAUGGAGGAGCAUUCUGCAGCGACCCUGGGACCACGUAUAUCUUUGGGAGAGGAGGAGCCCUCAUCACGUACAUCUGGGCUCCUAAUGAGAGGCCGAGCACCAGAGCUGACCGCCUAGCUGUGGGCUUCAGUACUCAACAGAAAGACGCCAUCUUGGUCCGAGUGGAGAGCACCAGUGGACUGGGAGACUACCUGCAACUGCACAUAGAACAAGGAAAGAUCGAUGUGAUCUUCAACGUGGGGACAGAUGACAUCACCAUUGGCGAGCCGGCUGUCAUAGUUAGCGAUGGCAAGUACCAUGUUGUGCGCUUCACACGCAGCGGUGGCAACGCCACCCUCCAGGUGGACAACCAACCUGUCAUCGAACGCUACCCGCCAGGGAACUUUGAUAAUGAGCGCCUGGCUAUUGCUAGACAAAGAAUCCCAUACCGACUUGGUCGGGUAGUUGACGAGUGGCUACUCGACAAAGGACGACAGCUGACGAUCUUCAACAGCCAAGCAGCGAUAAAGAUCGGGGGUCAGGAUAAGGGCCGGCCGUUCCAGGGCCAGAUCUCUGGUCUCUACUAUAACGGCCUGCAGGUGCUUAAGCUGGCGGCAGAGAGUGACCCCAGUGUCCAGGCUGAGGGGAACCUGAGGCUGGUGGGAGACUCACUGUCAGUGCUGACCACUGAGACCACCUCCACCACCCCACUGGCUGUCUCCGACAUGUCCACCACCAUCAUGGAGACCACCACCACCAUGGCCACCACCACCACCCGCAGGCAACGCUCCCCCAGCAUGAGGGAGAGCAUCUCCCAGUCUCAGAACUCGGAUGACAUCCUGGUGGCGUCUGCUGAGUGUCCCAGUGAUGACGAGGAUCUGGAGGAGUGUGAGCCUGGAACAGGAGGUGAAUUAGUGUUGCCUAUAAUAACAGUGGAUUCCCUUGAGCCCCCAUCCAUCGCCACCCGUCACCCUGCUUUCCCCCCUCCUCCCACCUCCCUGUCCCCACUUGAGACCACCAAAGAGUCCCUGAUGCUGUCCAACCCUCACCCUCCCUGCCCCUCGGACCAGGAGGACUGCGGUGACCCUGUGGAGGUCUCAGCCUUUGGUUCGGGGGAGUUGACGGAAUCAGAUGACGAGGACUUUUACAAAAACUCCCCCCUGGUCACUGACAGGACAGUCCUGCCUCCUCCUCCUCCCCCCGCCGCUGGUGAGGGCCGGGCCCAGAAACCCCAUAAUCCCCGCCCCCCUCCUUCUGCUCCCACCACCAACCCUGACCAGCUCCACAUCCCCGCGGGCAAAAUGAACACCCGUGACCAGGUGCUUCUGCCCCCCGUCCCUCCAUCAUCUCGGAAUACACCAGGACUAACCUACCCCCCCAAUUUCCCCCAUGUGCCCACAGCCGACCCUACAGCCCCCGGUGAGAAGAUCAUAUACCCCGGCCUGGUGGAUAGGAUUGGGGAGUCCAGUAGCACCACAGGGAUGGUGGUUGGCAUUGUGGCAGCUGCUGCCCUCUGCAUUCUCAUCCUCCUCUACGCCAUGUACAAGUACCGCAACCGUGACGAGAGCUCCUACCGGACGGACCAAGGCCACAGCUUCAUCAACAACCCAGUUGCUGAGGGCAACGGGGCCAUGGUCAAGCUAGAGAAGACACCAAGUAUAACGGCUACAGUAGCCAAGGCUGUCACCAAGGGCAACAAGAACAAACAAAAAGAGUAUUACGUCUGAGAGAGGGAAGAAGAGAGAAGGAGAGCGAGAGAGAGAUAGGCUAGAGGAAAAUCAUGGAAAGGGGGUUCUCCCAAUUAAAAUUCCACAUUAUCCACUAGAUAAACAUCCAAAGUUUAGGGGGUAAUUGUUAAAUUUGUGCCACAAAAACUAACAACAAAAUAAAACUUGCCAUCAGUAUUUUCACAGUUCCAGGUAAAUUAUAUAUUUUUCAUUUCUAUCACAUACCAAGUACUGUAUUGGUUAACACACAAUUUCAUACUGGAUUAGAAGCCUAUCCAUUUGCUGUCUUUGUAUAUAGCACCCCACCUAUCAACUGUAUGGUUAUGGUUCACGGUGAAAACUAAGCUGAGACCAUUGUACUAUAGAAACAGAUUUGCAUGAAUGUCAGUUCUCAAGAAUCUCAAGUAUCUCUGUCUUCUAAUAACGUCAGAGGUCUCGGUGUGUACCGAUUGGUCAUUGUGGUAAAUAACAACAGAGCAACCCAAUAGCGUUUACUAGAAUAAACAAAAGCCAUACCCAUACUUGGAGACUGAGUGACCCACCUUCUCAGCAGACUAGUCUACCCCAUUGUGUGUUAUCCCGUGUUAACAACUUCCCACUCAGUCUAUCUCUCUGGUUGUCCAUGGUGAAAUGUUAAUGGUUGAAUAUCAUUGAACCAUGUUUUAAGCAUAAUUAUGUAUUUCUUUCCACAUGAAAAAUACAGGUUUUCAAAAGUAAUAUACAAUUCACAGCUUAAUUUAGCCAACAACCCCUCUAUCUGGAUGAAUGAGAUGAGCCAUAUUCUCUCAUCUCUGUGUGAGGAGAGAUCUGCAGAGAUCUACAGUGUGUCAUUCCAUCCAGGAGGAAGUUCCUCAAAAUGCUACUGUAGCAAAGACAUUGCUCUGUAAACAUUUUUGUAUGUAAAGACGUCUUGGGAUUGAAAAAGCUUUGCUCGUUUGUUCUCUGGAGUACAUAGACUAACAGACAUGAAAAAUACACUUCAUGUGAGAGAUGUUCUGCCUCCACGGUUACCACUGUCAACACUCCAGCCAGAUCCCCCAUGAGGAGAAGUAGAGAGUGAAUAUGAAAGGGAGCUUCAGGACACAGAUUCACUUUUGAAUAACUUUUUCUAGUGGUUCCUGGGGAGGGGGAGAUGCCCAACCUUGUGUCAAGAGGCUGGCUUUCCCUUCCUUCUUCAAUAUUGACACAAAACCUGGAAAGGCACAAACAGUAGAAACAUAUCUUUGAGAGAUAAACAAGUGUUUCCUUAGAAAGCAAACUGACCAUGUAUUCUGGUUUUUAUAUCCAUGAAUAAAAUACUAUUGUGUGAGACACAUUAUUGAAGGUUUGUGAAUUGUAUAGCUCUUUCUCAGAUAUUUCCGUGUUUCUCUGGUUUAGCAUUCCUCUUUAACAAAAUAAGGAGUUCAUAAUAUAUGCCAUUUAGCAGACGCUUUUGUUUAUGUUGCCUUUUAUAAUCAGAUACAGAUUUGUCUAUGAUGAGACACCAUUGUCUGACAGGCAGAAACCCAUAUUCAGCAUUUUCUUUUUCAAUGUUGAAUGGCAUUACAUUUCCGUUAAGGACUGGUUUGUGAUUGUAUGUAAACGUUUCAAGAGAAAACACAAAGGAUGAUGUGUACUUAGUUUUUUCUUGGUUCUUCAUUUUAUGUACAUUGAAAAACAUGUCUCUCUUUGUCUGUCGUGUUGACAUUCUCUCCGUUGUAUUAUGUUAAUAUUUUCCAUUUCUGGGAUUUCCUCUUAUUAUUUUAUGAAGUGCCAUUUAACACUGCUCCAGAGUAUAUUCCUGUCCUCACUCAAUGAUAUUGUAAAGUGUUCCUGUGAAAUGAAUCUUAAUAUGUGUACAGUACAUUGACAGAGGGGAAAUACACUUGGUAAUAUACUUUGUA